AUGACCGUUGCUAACAACAUUAAGAGUGCUAUUCCACAAACAGAAAGUGCCAGGGAAUACCUGAAGUUUGUGAAAGAACGUUUUCGUUCUGCUGAUAAGUCUCUCGUUGGUGCACUAAUGGUUGAACUCACGACCAUGAAAUUUGAUGGGUCGUGUAGUAUGCAAAAUCAUAUCAUCGAGAUCACUAACAUUGCAGCAAGACUUCGGACCUUGGGGAUGAAAGUGGAUGACACCUUCUUGGUUCAGUUCAUUCUGAACUCAUUGCCUCUUGAGUAUGGACCAUUCCAAAUUUACUAUAACACUAUUAAGGAUAAGUGGGAUAUUAGUGAAUUGUCCAGUAUGCUUACUCAAGUGGAGUCAAGACUUAAGAAACAAGGAGGUCAUUCUAUUAACCUCAUGGGCCAAGGAGCUGGUAAAGGACUUAAAAUGAAAGCCAACAAGUUUAAGAAAAAGAAAGCACUUGCUAAAGUGCCACAGGAUGCUCAUAAGGAACUCAAGGUUGAUGUGUGUCAUUUCUGUAAAAAGAAAAGACACUAUCAAAAAGAUUGUCUGAAACGUAAAGCUUGGUUUGAAAAGAAAGGUACAUUUAGUGCCAUUGUAUGUUUCGAAUCAAAUUUAGUAGAAGUUCAUAAUAAUACUUGGUGGCCUGAUUCUGGUGCAUCUACUCAUGUAUCCACUAUGUUGCAGGGUGUAACAUCCGGCAAUUUGAAAUAA